AUGAAGUUGAUUGUUGUUGUAGCUCUGUUAACCGUGGUUGUUGCGGGCGAAGGCACUCAGAAGUGAGUUUUUUUAAAAUUAUGUAAUAGUUGAAGAGACAUCGCUAGGAGGAGGGGAGGGGAGUAAAUAGAAUUACUAAGUUCGCAAGUAAGCUACCUGUAAAUCAAAUUUUUAAAAAAUCUUUCUCUUAUAAAAAGAUCUGUAAACCUUUCUAAGCCAUAUAGUAUAGUUAAAGUGAAAGAAGUAAGUAAACUGUACUAAAACACUAACAUAUAUUGUUGUUUUAGAGAAGAGUGCGAAAAGGGUGUAGCAUUGUCUAUCAAAGCUCUCGAGCCGAUUGUCAAAGAUGAAAAGAAACGCCAUGAAACGGUCGAGCUUAUUCGUCAGCACGUUAAAGAUGCUGUGAGUUCUUAGUAAAUACUCAACAUAUAAAACUGAUUUCAAAGCCGUAUUUUAUAGAAAACGCCGUUAAGUUGUUUUUAUUGCAAUAAUAAUUAUAGUGUUCGAAACACAACGAAUGUGACGAGCCAUGUUACAAAAACACCUUUAGUUGUCUUGAUGAACAGUACAAUGCUAACACAAUUGUCAUCUCAGGACUUAAAUGCUGCAAAGGAUGCCCAGCGAUGAGCUAA